AUGUGGUGCAACUUCAAGAGAUUCAGUACUGAGACGAUAUGCACGUUGUACAGAUCUGAUAAUGGCCAGUACGCAGCAGCACUAAGUGAGCUGAUCAAGAAAGGUGUCCAGCUGAUACCGUACGGGCGCCUGAUAAUGUGCGGGCCGGGCCGCACAGGCAAGAGCAGCUUCCUGCGAUCCCUCCUGCGUCAAGCAUUCAUGUCAAAAGUCGAUAGUACCAUCGGUGUGGAGCUGGAGAAGGUGAUAUGCACGAUCGAGAAGCAAGGGUUAACAUAUGUCUGGAAGCAAGCUGAAGAUUCUUACCAGCAGCAGUUGGCCCUGACACACAGAGCUGUUGUACAAGAAAGGAGGAAAGAGAUAGUAGCAGCACUGAGACAACAAGGUGUGGAGGUCCCAAACAACACCAGGUCCACAUCCUCCGUGCCGUCAACACCCGUGACAUCACCAUCCGCUGUGAUUGAGACUGAGCAAGCAGAUACAGCCAGUGUGUGUGAAUCUGCUGUCAGCCAACGUGAUGAAGCCACCCACAGCGGGUACUCUGGUCAAUCAGCUACCAGUUCAUCCGAAACCAUGGACUCUCAGAAUGUGUCCACUGCAUCCAAGCCGGAGGAGGUCUCAACCAUGAGUGUAGAACAUGUAGCAACAGCAGAGCAAGAUGUGCAGCAGCUACAGACGGAAAUCAACUCAGCAACGCAGAAGUUUGAAGGCUUCCUUGAAGAUCUGAAGAAGGGCAAAAGUGAAGUUUUCACUGCAGAGCAUCUGAAGAACCUGACAUUCAUAGAUGUCUGGGACUUUGCUGGUCAGAAGCUGUUUGCAGCGAUCCAACACAUGGUCCUGGCCUGUGAUCGGUGUGCAUAUGCUGUCGUCUUUGAUUCCUCAAAGAAGCUCCAGGACAGAGCGAAGCCGACGUUUGGUGUAGACGGUGAGGAACUGCCGCUUUCCAACAGCCUGGAGCAGACCAACUUCGACGUCAUGGAGACAUGGUUCAACGCUAUCCACGAGGUCAUUGGAGACAGCGACAACGUACCCGUGUUUGCCAUUGGCACACAUGUGGACAAGCUACCAAAGAAGCCAGAAGCAAGGAAGAAAGCAAUUGAAGAGACUGAGCAGUAUAUCUGGGCCAAUGCGGAGGGUAAAGCUUAUGCUAACAACAUCGACAAGGUGGUAUUUGUGGACAACACACGAGCUGGCAAAGACCCGGAAGACCCAGCAGUUGUUCAACUACGGCAAGACAUCAUCCAGCAGCUGCAGCAUCAGUUCAGCGUUCCUAUUCCACUUCGUUGGCUUCCUGUAACCAUCUCCAUAGGGCACAUUGCAAAAUCAUUCGAACGACCAUGGGUAUCGGUUGACGAGCUACGUCGCUUGGCUAUUGCUGUUGGUAGCAUCUCCAGUGAUGAUCCUGAGUCAGAUUUCCAGAAGAUGGUGAAGUUCCACCAUGAUCUUGGUCAUUUGCUUCACUUUAUUCACAAUGCCCGUCUUCGUGAUCGUGUCAUCAUCGACAUCCACUGGAUUCUGAAAACCAUGUCACUUCUCUUUUGUCCUGAACCGAAGAGUAAGCAGAGCAAGCGUCUUCGUCCACAGUACGACUUGCUGACACAGAAUGGCAUCCUCCUGGAAAGUCUUGCCAUCCACCGCUGGUCGCAGCACAAUCGUAUGACAUCGCGCUACACGGCCACAGAAGAACAACGUGAUUUCCUGUUUGAGAUGGGUGAGCACUUUGCACUGUUCUACAACACCAAGACAACUGUGAAUGUGCCUGGUCAGAGGAAGGAGGUGACGACUCGCAAGUUCUUUGUACCAGCUCUGGUGGAACGAGUUGCACGUCUUCAAGAUGAAGCGAGCAAAGGCAAGCCAUGCCCAGCAAUGUACUUGUACAGUGGUGCAGAUCGUUACUUUCCACAAACCCUGUUCUGGUGUGGUGUUGUGAGGUGUAUGCAACGCUACAGUCCAAAGGUGGAUCCCAUCCUCCAUCACACGUCAGCACGUAUUCUGGUGAAGGAUCGCUUCUGGCUUGUCAUGCAGUAUUUCCAGCAUGGCAUUCGCCUGUCACUUGAGAUUCCUGUCGCAGCUGGCACAGCUAAGUCUUCUACUAGCAAUGCUGGUACUCGCACGGAUGAGUCAGUUGGCUCUCCUCGCGUUGGUAAUGCAGCAAGCAAGGAUAAGUCCGCUGCAGCCAAGAUUUGUCACGAGCUUCUACCGUACCUGGAGUCGGAGCUUGACAAGCUGAAGGCAUUCUCCCUGACUCACGUGAAGUUUGGCAGGGCUGUUCGCUGUCCAUGCUCGUUCAGCCGAGAUGCGUGUCGCAAACACAAGCAUAAGUCUUGUGCAGAGAUUGGCUGUCAGCACUUUGCUCCAUUGGUGGAGGGAUCGCGUCCACGUUGUCCUAGUGGAGCACGUCCAGAAGUGGACAUCAGUGAUGUACGGCAAUACUGGCCAUGCUUUGCCGAAGACACACAGACCACAGAGCUUGCUGAUCCGGAGAAGCCAAUGCCGGCAAUGCCAAUGACAGCUGUGGAGCCCGCAGUCAAGGACAGUGGUGAACUGCUCCAAGGACAGUCUGUAUCUGAGAGAGCAUCAGCUUAUCAACUGGCACUACAGAGACAUCGAGUAGCAAUCAAAAACGUCUCCCAUAUUGAUGUGAUUGAUUGCUUUGAAAACUUGCGUGCUGAAGAUCACAUCAGCAUUGAGUGCUUGAAGGACAGUCGAGCCACUGGCAAGUCAAGUGGAAGCAAGGAAGCCAUCAGUCACCUGUGCACUGUCUUGGAAGAUCUCUGCGACACUGCCAUGUGCUACGUCGUGGAGGAUAUCCUGCCGUCGCAAGGUCUGUCACAGCUCGUGGAGACAUUCCGUGUGUGUCCUGGUCCUGGAAAGUGUUCACUACAUCGCAAUGACCUGCAUCCUGUAUCAGUGUGUUCCAGUGACAAGACACUGUCCAUGCAGACUAGUGUUGAUGCCUCCCAGACUGGACUGGUCAUGCCAAGAGUAACGUUAGUCAACUUGAGACUGGGAUGUCUGAGCUUCACCAGGAAGUACUGCGUUCAAGCUAUGUGCAGUUGAAGUGCAGUUUGGACGUAGAAGAGGGCAUUCUGGACCGUCUCUAUGCAGAGAGCAUCAUCACCCAGCGCUUCUGCAAGAAACUCCGUGCUAUGGAUGAUCGUGAAGACCAGGCGUCUGUCUUCUUGGAAGCACUACCAGGCUGUGGCAAACAGGCAUUCCGUCAGUUUGUAUCCGCUCUGAAAGAGAGUGAGAAGCUGGCCCACCAGGAGCUUGCUGAUCUCCUCCAGUU